AUGAGCCCGGUGGAUAAGACACCCGUCCCAUUGUGGGCGAGGAGUGUGGUGAGCGAUCUUAAGUCUGAUGCUGAAACGUUCACCAGUUGGGACAAAUGCAUGUCGAAAGCUUAUUGCAAGUGGCCGGUUAUCGUUGCUAUUAUUAUCGCCGCACUGAUUCUCCUCUCGGUCGUUGCAUGCGUGAUCAAUUGCCUAUGCUGUGGGGUGCAAUGUUGCAAAUGCUGUUGUGGAUGUUGUUCGUCAUGCUGUCCGGCUCCCCGGAGAAGAAGGAACAAGACGAAGCAUUUGGACGAGCAGUAUGAUCAGCCGCCUCCAAUGCCUGCCAUGCCAACGGUCCCGGCCAUCAACAAUGCCUACCAAUCACCCUACCAGCCACAGGCACCGCCUGUGUACCGGGGAGCCGAGGUAGCACGGUUUGAUACACCGUCAAGUCCUGCUGGCGCGAAGUUUGACGAGGACGCAUUGCCCGCCAUGCCCACGUGGGACAACGCAGUAACGAAGCGGGUCGAAGAUGGGGCUCAUGGAGAAGCUAUGGAGAUGAAACCUCUUAACAACCCCAUCCAGGAGCCUCGUCGCAUGCCAUCUGCCGCCAGGUCCCUCGGGGGUGGCUAUAUGGGCCCUACGCCGUUAAGAACCGGGACGCCUGCUAACUAUCAUGCUGAACCUCGAGGGUAUGAUGGAUACGACGGACAUGAUGGACAGGACACAUAUGGCUACCACGCGCCCGGCCCAAGGUCUCCGCCACCCAUCUCGCCGUAUGAGCACCAGCCGUAUAGCGAAUACCCUCAUGAAGACCGCUUCCACUCCAUGUCGCCGGCCCCUACCUACACCUCGCAACCACCUUAUAUGCAUAUGGACCCGGCGCAACCGCAUCAUUCGCCUAUGGACGGGGCCCAACCGUAUCAUAUGCCCAUGGACAGCGUGCAGCCGCCCUAUGUGCCAAUGAAUACCUCGCAGCCCCAGUAUAUGCCGAUGAACAAUAUGCAGCCCCAUCAUAUGGCACCGGAACCCACAUACGGGCAGCCAAUGCCGAUUAACAGGACAUAUUCCCCUGCCCCAACACUUCACUCGGCUAUGAAUGCUCCUCGUCCAAUCCCGUAUCGCCAGCCCUCUCCCGGCUUCAACCAGGCACCGCCUUAUCGAGGAAUGUCUCCGGCUACUCCUGUGUCGCCACCACCUCCAUUCACUACGACCCCUGCGCCUUAUGAAGCCAAUGAACCGGGCAGGCCCCCGAGUCUUUUGCAGAGUGGGCGCAGGCCUACCCCCAACUCGUACAGGGAUCUUUAG